AUGUCAAAAAACGAGGUCGAGAAGCAAUUGGCUUAUGAAAAGUUUCGUAGCGCGCUGCCAGAAAUUCUCAGCAGUGCUGGCUAUUCUGAGCUCUAUGGAUAUGACCUGGCACAACUAAAUCAAGCUACGGAUGGCGACAAUGUCAUCAUUCUCGAGACGUUGCUGCGAAAGUUUUUGCAGGCCAACAAUUAUGAAAUUACCGAGUCUACAAAUCAACUUGUCAAAUCGUUAAAAUGGCGUAAGAAAUUUAAUCCGUUAUCUGCUGCGUUUUUAGAAAAACACAGCCCUGAGUUGGAAAAACUGGGCAUUGUUACAUCGGCUGUUCCGAAGAAUUCAACUGAUAAUUUAGUUACAACCUGGAACUUAUACGGUGCUGUGGAGAAUAGAGAAGCUGUAUUUAGAAAUUUAGAUGCGUUUUUAAGAUGGAGAGUUGGUCUUAUGGAACAAGGUGUGUCGCUCCUAAAUUUCAGUAAAGCUGGUGAAAGCUCAAUGACUCAAGUUCAUGAUUACUUCGAUGUCAGCUUUUUCAGACUAGAUAGUAGUACUAAAGCUGCUACUAAAGCUACUAUCGAAUUGCUGCAGGAUCAUUAUCCUGAGUCACUACAAGCUAAGUAUUUUGUCAAUGUUCCGACUAUCAUGUCGUGGGUGUUUGCAUUUGUGAAGCCAUUUUUAUCAAAAGAAACGACUUCCAAGUUUCAUGUCCUGGCAUCUGGCAAGGAUCUUGCUGAAGACCUUGGUGACUGGGUUCCCAAAACAUACGGUGGAGUUGGUGGUGAUUCGUUGAAUACUAUCAGGGUCAAACAAUUCAAACCAAGAGACCAGAGUCUAGUCAAAUCCCUUACUGCUUCUACUACUGAGUCCACUGAGCCUACUACCACCACUUCUGCUAACCCUGCUCCUGAUGCUGGAACUGCAGUAGCUGAUAACUCUAAAGCACCUACUGGGGUGUCCGCUGUACCAUCUGAUGGCCCCAGCGCCAGCACAGCUGCCCCCUGA